AUGAAAAUUGGCUCUUUGAAGAAAUUGAUAAAACAUUUGAAGAAUAUUCACAGAGAACGAAUCUACGCUGUUAAAAAUUAUAUAGUUCCGUUCAAUUUUGAUACGGAAGAGUUGCAAUGUGCUCUAUGUGCUAAAAAGUUCGAAGAUUUCAAAUUGCUGUCUGAUCACACGAAUGAGCAUUUCAAGAAUUUCGAAUGCUGGUUGUGCAACCAUUGGUUUAUCAACAAACAUGCAUUAGAGCUUCAUUCGUACAGGCACCAUGGCGGCGCGUACGAAUGCUCGUACUGCUCGAGUAUCUUCGACACGGCGUCGGAGAAGAGCGAGCACGUGCGUGUCGUACACUACCUCCAACAAGACGACUGCGUGUGCGCACUGUGCCGACACAUUUCAGACCAAAGUGAAACUCGAGAGACAUAA